AUGGACACACCACGCCACGAAGCCGGGCAGCACCCCAGAAAUAACACCUACUACGGCGUAUCAGGAAUCCAGAUCUCUAUUGAAGGAAUAAGAACUGACGAUACAGAAGGAACAGUUAGUGGCAUAUGGAAUGCUAUCCUCGGCUGCCAGUUUUCCCCAACAGAGAACUACAUAAUACGGCCAGAGGAGAAAAAUCAAAGUGGAUUUGCAGAUCUCCAUACCAUCCAAUACAAACCACAGCCAAAUAGCACUCAUCGAGAGUGCCAUUUUCUAAUCACUCAAUGCAAACGAAGGAGCGGUAAGACGCAGCAGUCCAUUUGGAGCACUGCCAGAGACGAACUAGCAAAGUACUUUCGCUCGAGCAAGUCAAGGAGCCAUGGACAUCAGAUGUACGGAAUUGUUGCUGUGGGGAGAAAAGUCCAGUUUGUGGAAUUCGAUCGUAAAAGCGACAGUCUGAAGGAUAUUCAAAUUCCUAUAGGUACCGGCAGAGGAGCUAUUCAGCAUGUUGAACGUGGAAGCAAAUUCUGGGUUGAUAGAGAGUGCCAAAAGGUGCAACGUUUCCUAGACUAUAUUAAGGCACGUCCUUGAUCAGGAAGGGGUGCCGAGGCGAUUGCAUGAGGAAAUUGUACUCAAGAAU